GUUCCCUCUGCAAGGAGCUGCGGAGCUAUCUGGCUUUCAUGUGUCCCCUCCAUCACCACAAACCAAGUGUCAAGUAUCCAUUCACCAGGACCUACCGGUUCUUUCUUAUCGGAUGAGGACAGCAUGAACAUCCCUAGGUGUGCCUCUGGGCAGAUUUAGCCAUUCGCUUUUGAUUAGAAGAAAGAAGGCCAUCCACUUGAAAGGCAAAGCUGCAGUGACAGAAGGAGUGGUGUAAUUUCUGAAUUUCAAGGACAGUGAAGUAGGAGAUGGGAGCGAGCGUAUAAAAGGACACAUUGGAAGACUGAUAAAGAGAAAUAAGAUGAUUCAGGUACACCGUUAAGUUCUUUGGAAUACACAAAAGUAUCUGACUAGAAAGCCUAUGAAGUAGAAGACAAGAUCCUGCCUCAGGAAGUGUACAUGAGAAUAAUUUUAGAGGAGCCCAGCGAUAAAUGCAAAACAGUAGCUGUUGGAGGUGGUGGAAAUGCACACGAACAAUGGGAGAAGCCGAUAACUUAUAGGAGGCCAAGAUGACAAGAAUUUUAAAAAAUAAUCAAAGGAAGAAUGUUCUUUGGAAAUGAGGUGAAUUAAUGCUCGGGCACUCAAGAACCCUGGACAGCUACAUGAGGUGUUUAAAACCUGCCCUGACCCUCUCGCCACACAGCUCUGUUAUGAGGCCUGACAGGAUGAACGCAGCGUGGAGGGACGGUGUCCUGCCCUGUCGGAACGGUGACUGCUGACCCACCGGGAGCAAGCAGGGGGGCCCCACGUUGUGUGCCAGCACAAUGAAGGAAGUGGUCUAUUGGCCACCCGAGAAGGUGGCAGACUGGCUGCAGGAGAAUGCUAUGCCAGAAUACUGUGAGCCUCUGGAACAUUUCACAGGCCGGGACUUGAUCACCCUCACCCAGGAGGAUUUCACAAAACCCCCGCUGUGCCUCGUCACCUCUGACAACGGGCAGCGGCUCUUGCACAUGAUAGAGACCCUGAAGAUGGAGCACCACUUGGAAGCACACAAGAACGGCCACGCCAAUGGGCACCUCAGCAUUGGCACCGGCGGCCCCUGCCCUAACGGCAGCUUCAGCAUCAAGGUCAAACCCAACGGGAUGCCCAAUGGGUAUAGGAAGGAAAUGAUCAAGAUCCCCAUGCCAGAACCGGAGCGCUCCCAGUACCCCAUGGAGUGGGGCAAGACUUUCCUGGCCUUUCUUUAUGCACUCUCCUGCUUUGUUCUCACCACAGUGAUGAUCUCGGUCGUCCAUGAACGAGUACCUCCCAAGGAGGUGCAGCCUCCACUACCGGACACGUUUUUUGACCAUUUUAACCGGGUGCAGUGGGCCUUUUCUAUUUGUGAAAUUAACGGCAUGAUCCUUGUGGGACUCUGGUUAAUUCAGUGGCUGCUCUUAAAGUACAAGUCUAUUAUUAGCAGAAGAUUUUUCUGCAUAGUUGGCACGCUGUACCUGUAUCGGUGUAUUACAAUGUAUGUAACCACACUCCCAGUUCCCGGUAUGCAUUUCAACUGCUCUCCGAAGCUUUUUGGAGACUGGGAAGCCCAACUGCGGAGGAUCAUGAAACUCAUCGCUGGCGGCGGCCUGUCCAUCACCGGCUCCCACGACAUGUGUGGGGACUACCUGUACAGCGGCCACACGGUCAUGCUCACACUCACCUACCUAUUUAUCAAAGAGUAUUCCCCUCGACGACUGUGGUGGUACCACUGGGUCUGCUGGCUUCUCAGCGUGGUGGGAAUCUUCUGCAUCCUCUUGGCGCAUGACCACUACACUGUGGAUGUGGUGGUGGCGUACUACAUCACCACGAGACUCUUCUGGUGGUACCACACUAUGGCCAAUCAGCAAGUGCUAAAAGAAGCUUCCCAGAUGAACCUCCUGGCCAGAGUGUGGUGGUACAGGCCGUUUCAGUACUUUGAAAAGAAUGUCCAAGGAAUUGUACCUCGGUCUUACCAUUGGCCCUUCCCCUGGCCGGUAAUCCACCUCAGUAGGCAAGUUAAAUACAGCCGGCUGGUGAAUGACACGUAACAGCCCUACGUGGUGGAGAAAGAGGAACUGUCCGAAGUGCUAAGAACUCCAUGAGAGAAGACGCCACAAAAUAAACAACUCCCUAAUCCCAUUAUCUUUCAACAGUUACCUUGACUUAACCUAUUGAGUUACCUGGUCAGCACUGUGAUCUUUUUUUCUCUCCAAAGGACCUGCGUUGGACAACAAUAAGGAAAACUCAACCUAUCAUACACCGUACACAUCUCCUGUUCCUAAGUUUGGGAUUUACAUAAUCUGCGACCACCAUGUUCCUUUGUAUGACGCAACAGCAUAAAUGUAAGCUUUUAUAUCAUCAGUUCUGGUCUUUCCAGUUACAUCUGGAAAUAAAGCGUAUUAUUUUCUUGGGAAAACAUACUUUUCAUAUCUCUUGCCCCAAAGAUUGGGCUGUAAGCCAUUUUCUAGCAAAUGUCUCUAUGAAGGUUUCUUAAGUACCUGAAUGGGGUUCAAUUCUGAAAUCUUUCUACCUGUUGCACCAAUAUUCAAAUAAAAAUGACAGACACAGGAAGGUUUGGUAACUUUGGGUUUUGUAAAAUUCAGCAGAGACAGUGUGUCAAAAAGUGCAAAAAAAAAAAAAUUCUGUUAUAAAGUGAUUUUCUAAGUAUUUCCUAACUUUAUUUUUCAAAAUGAUGUUAUGAAAACCAAAUUUAAAGAUUUUUACAUGUCAGAGAACAGAGAGUUAAAAUUUAAAAAUGCUUCUUGGGAGAGAAAUUUGUCUAUGUUUCUAGUGCCUUUCUUGUCUUGAUUGUAUGGUCAGUAGGCAAUCUUCAAUGUUUUUAUUUAAAAUAAAUAUUCCAUGAAAAUAUAAAUGUAUGUAUACACUACUAAAUUUUGCAUUUAUAGCUAAAUUCAAUCAGAAGACUGUUUAUGGUUCUCAAACUGCUAUGAAUUAAAGAAUGGGGGAAUUAAUUGGAAAGUGAGAGCCUGUUCCCAUAUUGUGAGCAGGCGACGAUGACGUGUACCACUUCAAUUCUUUUACCAUCUAUUUGGUAGUUCGAUUUUAAGUAUACAAUGAAAACAGCCAUGAAUUCUUUGUUUUUAAAAAGAGAGUUUUGAAAAUGAUCACUUAACUAAAACUUGAAAGCUAUAAAUUAGUUAUCCAUACUCUCAUGACAAUUUUGUUGGUGAACAACAAAAAAGAGAUCUAUUUCUUUAAAAUAUAUUCGUGCAGGAACUGCGUGUAGCUCUAAGUUUUACUCCUAACAGAAGUUUGUUUGGGGAAGUAUUCUAUUCUAUACUUGCCAAUGUGGAGAACAAAAUAGUUUUUUAAGGAUGAAGAAGUAUAUAUAUCCAUUCUGUAUUUUACGUGCAGCAGACUUAUCUCCGUAGGGUUUUUUGUGUAUUCACAAGGUGAUAUUUGUAUUGUAAAACAAUAAUGGUGAAGGAAAUAAAAAGGCUUUUAAAAUUUUGUUUGUUUUAAAUCUUUGUAAAGUUAUUACUCCAGAGAGUAUACUGAUUAUCUUAACAGCUUACCUAGAUCAUAAAGUAAUCAAGAUGCACUUUUUAAUAAAAACGGAUACUUAAAAAAAUGUCUACUCUUUCUAA